AUGGGGUGCUACAGGCCAAGUGUGGGAGAAAUUUGUGCGGCUUCGAGUCGAGAAGAUGGCCUUUGGCACAGAGUGAGGAUUGAUAGCAUAAUUCCACAAUCACAUGGCAAGCAAGUUUGUUGCUACAUGAUUGAUAAAGGAAUACAACUGACUGUUCCCUUGUCAAGAUUGGUUAAACUGGCCAGGAAUUUCCAGGAGGUACCAGCCCAGGUUUACCAGUGUCGCCUGUGGGGAGUUCAGCCAUUAUCUCUAGAAAUUGUUCCGACCGACACUGGCUUGCAAGUUGUGGACAGGCCAUGUAACAGAUGGAACCCAUCAGCUGUUGAUUACAUGCAGCGGAUGGUAGAAGAAAGCGAAGGGUGCCAGGCAGAGAUUGUCCAUCGAGAUCCUGAGAAUACCCAUCACUUGAGGCUUUAUUUCAUCACCAGGAAAGGAUCUGUAUGCUUCAACCAAGUUUUGAUAGAUGAAAAUUAUGCCACAGAGAUGAUAGUGCCAG